ACACAACCACAAUUUCCAACGCUCCAUUCUUUGGUCAGAUAUUUUUCAUGCGAAUAUAUUCACCAUGUUACAUGGUAAUCACCGACAACGUAUCUGAUUCCAUAGGCGAGCUCGAACAAUUAUGCGAUUCCAUCAGACCUUUAAUCUUUAUGAUAAUUUUACAAAAUCAAACAGCGUAAUUUUUUUUUUUAAUCUUACAGUCAGAUAAGGCCCGGUGAAGUAGGUCACUGAUAAUGCGUUUAGUUAGAAGAUACUUCUGCCGGCUAUGUACUCUGCUUCUUCGAUGGCAACUCGGGCAUGUUGCUCCAUUCCGACCGAACCAUCUUACCGUCCCAGGUUUAGCCACAUCCGAAGAGUCUCAUCUCUCGGCAAUGCCAGAAAUCUCGUCCCAGUCCCUCCUUCAAAACCCCAACGCAUCGAAGGCGGCUUUGACGAAGCUUCUCCAAGUCUUGGCAAUUUGUUUUCCAGCGGCGAUGACUACCCGGACCAAGCUUAUGCCUCUCUUCUGGAUCUUUGUGGAAGCCGAAGAUCUCUCUCUCAAGUGCGGCAGCUUCACGCCCGCAUUUCCAAAAUCUGCCCCUUUCAUUAUUCGGGUUUCUUGGGCGGUAAGCUCGUGUUCGUGUAUGGUAAGUGCGGGUCUCUUGAUGAUGCAGAGAAGGUGUUUGACAGAAUGCGCGUGAGAACGUCGUUUGCAUGGAAUGCAAUGAUAGGAGCUUAUGUUUCCAACAAUGAGCCUGGUUCAGCUCUUGGUGUUUAUCGGCAAAUGCUGGGUGAGGGUGUUCCUGUUCAUGUUCUUUCUUUCCCUCUUUUGCUCAAAGCUUGUGCCAUGGUUGGAGAUCUCAAGAGUGGGACCAAGCUUCAUGGUCUCGUUGUUAAACUUGGGUACUGUUCAACAAUUUUCGUUGUAAAUGCAUUGAUUUCCAUGUAUGCAAAAAAUGCUGACUUGAAUGCAGCAAGGCGGCUGUUUGACAGAUCUGAAGAUAGAGAUGAUGUCGUUAUGUGGAACUCCGUUAUAUCUUCAUACUCCGCGUCUGGGCAAUCUUUGGAAGCUUUAGGGUUCUUCAGAGAAAUGCAGAUGAAUGGUCCUGCUCCCAACAGUUACACUUUCGUUUCAGCUCUCACGGCUUGUGAAGAUCCAUCUCAUUCAAAGCUAGGUAAAGAAAUUCAUUCCGCUGUCCUGAAAUCAAGUCAUUCUCAUGACGUAUACGUGUGCAAUGCAUUGAUUGCAAUGUAUGCUAGGUGUAGCAACAUGGUUGAGGCAGGAAGAAUCCUCAGCCAGAUGGAUGAAAAUGAUAUCGUGUCCUGGAACUCUAUGAUUGUGGGUUUUGUACAUAAUUGUAUGUAUACUGAGGCCUUCGCCUUCUUACGGGAUAUGAUGGCUGCUGGCCACAACCCUGACGAGGUCUCAAUGACCAGUGUCAUUGCAGCCUCUGGUCGAUCAGGCAAUCUGUUGGCAGGAAUGGAAUCACAUGCUUAUGUUAUUAAAUUUGGCUUGGAUUAUAAUCUGCAGGUUGGAAACACGUUGAUAGAUAUGUAUUCAAAGUGCAGCUGCACAGAUUACAUGGGGCGUACAUUUUAUUUGAUGCCUGAUAAAGAUAUGAUUUCUUGGACCACAAUAAUCUCUGGUUAUGCUCAGAAUGAUUGUCAUACAGAGGCCUUAGGACUCUUCCGGGUUGUUGCUCAGGAACAGAUGGAGAGUGAUGCUAUGAUGCUGGGUAGUGUCCUUCUGGCUUGUAGUAAACUAAAGUGCAUGCUCCUCGUAAAAGAAAUUCAUGGCUACAUCUUGAGAAAAGGUUUAUAUGAUACUGUGACACAGAAUGCUAUCGUUGAUGUAUAUGGGGAAUGUGGGAGCAUUGACUAUGCCAUUCAAAUGUUCGAAUUAAUGGAAGACAAAGAUGUUGUGAGUUGGACAAGCGUAAUAUUUUCUUGUGUCAAUAAUGGGAAAGAAAAUGAGGCUGUUGAACUCUUUCAUCGGAUGGUUGAAACUGGUACCGAAGCUGAUUCUGUAGCACUGGUAGGUAUACUGUCUGCUGCAGCAAGUUUAUCUGCCCUAAAGAUAGGGCUAGAAGUUCAUGGGUGUUUGCUCCGGAAAGGUUUCUGUUUGGAGGGAUCCACUGCAAGUGCACUUAUUGACAUGUAUGCUCGCUGCGGAGAUUUACAGAGUGCCAGAGCUGUAUAUGAUUUAGUUGAAAGGAAAGGUUUAGUGCAAUAUACAAGUAUGGUAAAUGCGUAUGGAAUGCAUGGCCAUGGAGACUCAGCCGUUGAGUUGUUCGCUAAAAUGAAGCAUGGAAAUAUCAUUCCCGAUCACAUCGCAUUUCUAGCACUUCUUUACGCAUGCAGCCAUGCGGGGCUGACUGAUGAGGGUAGAAAUUUUAUUGAGAUUAUGGAACAUGAAUACAAUUUGGUACCAUGGCCUGAACAUUACGCGUGUCUGGUUGACAUGCUUGGCCGGUCAAAUUGUGUAACAGAAGCCUAUGAGUUCGUUAAAAGCAUGAAGACAAAACCAACUGCUGAAGUUUGGUGUGCUCUCCUUGCAGCUUGCCGAGCUCACUCAGAAAAAGAAAUAGGAGAGGUUGCAGCUCAGAAGCUCCUUGAACUAGAUCCCAAGAGUCCCGGAAAUCUUGUCCUUGUGUCCAAUGUCUUUGCUGAGCAAGGAAGAUGGGAAGAUGUUGAAGCUGUGAGGGCAAAGCUGAAAGCGAGUGGAUUGAAGAAACACCCUGGUUGUAGUUGGAUCGAGAUCGACAGAAAGAUCCACGCAUUUAUGGCAAGAGACAAGUCUCAUACAGAGACCAACGAGAUAUACAAUAAAUUAUCUGAGAUAAUCAGGGAGUUGGAGAGGGAAAUGGGAUAUGCAGCUGAUACAAAGUUUGUUCUGCACGAUGUGGAUGAAAAGGAGAAGGUUCAGAUAUUGCACGGGCAUAGCGAGAGGCUAGCCAUUGCUUAUGGUCUGCUCAAAACGCCCGAGGGAGCCCGUCUUCGGAUCACAAAGAAUCUACGUGUCUGCAGUGAUUGCCAUACUUUCUGUAAGCUGGUUUCAAAGUUAUUCAGACGACAACUUGUGAUUAGGGAUGCCAAUAGAUUUCACCAUUUUGAAAAUGGGGCGUGUUCUUGCGGAGAUUUCUGGUAAAACAAAGUCUAUUCUCAGUAUAAGUGCUCCUCCAAGUUUAGUUUGUCAAAAGAUGGUGCUCUUUUGUCAGACCAAGAUUAUUUUAUCAUUUGGUUAGCUCAACAAACCUUGACAAAGGCUUGCAUAUGGUUAUUUGCUUCAUGCGCUUCACCAAGAACAAGGCAAAGGAGACAUCUUAGGUGCUCUAGCCCUCUCGGUUUAAAGAUUAAGAAGACGCGUCUCAUCUUUAUUGCACAUCUCUGCAACUAGAAAAAAGUCGGGUGCGUCGUUGGUGCCAUCUCCGGUGACAGCUACCACGUGGCCCUUCUGUCUCAAACACUUUACCAUCAGAAGCUUGUCAGAUGGAGAG